AUGGCCUCUUCAAGGUCUCCGUCUCCCUCCCUGCGCCGCUCUCGCAGCGUGUCGCCCACCACUGCCACGACGCGUCUCAUCCAGCAAAACCGCUUUGGCGCUCUCUCCGAUAGCAGUUCCGAAGAAGAUGAUGCCAUCCUUCGUCCACGUGGGAAAAUGGCCGCUAGAAUGCAAGCCCGCGGUAACGAGCCACAAGAAUCAGAAUCAGAAUCAGAAGCUGCAGAUGACGCGAGCACGACGCGAGGCAGCCCGCCAAGGGAGACGAUGCUUGAGAACGAAACCAACCAAGAUGAGAUUGAAGAGGCGGAUGAGGAAGAGGACGACACUAUUACUACGCGCCCCAGGAAGCUAAAACCCCGGGUUGAACGAAGCUCUACCCCAGAACCGAGGCCACAUCAGGCCGCGUCGUCACCUGGUCUCUUCAUCUCUCCACAAAAAGACGCCCCCGCCUCACCCGGGCUGUUUGUCUCGCCAUCCAAGCCUCGGUCUCCUUCCGCGGAUCAGAGCGACGACGGCCUUCCCAGCCCAACCGGCUUGUCGAAGAAGCCCGCAUUCAAGGCCCUCGUCGCCAGGAAGCGACAAGAGCGCCUUGCGAGGGAGGCUGAAGAGGCGCGUAAGAAGGCUCAACGGAGGGCAGCAGCCGGUCAUGAUGACGAUGACAUCAUGGCUGACGACGAAGACGACAACAUCACCGAUGACGAUGGCGGUCGCAAGCUCACUCAAGAGGCGGGCGCAUCACGCCCUCCGCGUAAAGCCAGCAAAAAGGCACUCGAGGAGAUGAACCGCGAAACCCAGCGGUUGACUCGGAGUCUGCAGCUUGCUCACGAAGCCAAGGUGAAGAAGAAGCUCUCCAAGUCGGCCUUGUUUGAGCGGUUCAACUUCAAGCCUGAGGGCGCAGCGGCAUCAGCUGAGACCGCGCCGGCCGCGAGCUCAAGCCGUGCCCCCACACCAGUGUCUAUUCAACAGAGUGAUGCGGAGAUGAAGGAUGUUGAGACGCCGCCUAGUUCGCCGCCGGUACCUGGGAAAGACGGUGCUUCUGAGGACAUGCCUCCUACGACAACAGAGAACAAGGGCGACGAGGACGAAUUCCCCGCCCUGGAAGGACUUGUCCAAGAAGCUGCGGCGCGCAAGCUCGACAAGGGCAAAGGCAAAGCAACACCUGCCGAUCUAGAAGAACAGCCCACCGUCGAGCUUCCACGGAAACGCAACAUCCGCGUCAAGCUCCCUCCCCUCCAAGCCAAUAACGCCUCCGUCUCCCUAGAUGCGGACGACGACGACGGCCUUCAAAUUCUGCCCAGCCGCAAGUCCAAACUCGACGCCAUCUUCGACCGCAUCCCCACCAAUCAAGCCCAACAAGCCCACUCCCUGCAAGUCCUCCGCCGGCUCGCCCACCUCGACGAUCCGGAGAAGAAGCCGGCACCCCCCGCCCGCGCAGGCAACAAGCUCAAGAAGCAACAACAGGAGCCCAUGAUCACCGCCGGCGAGCUCCACGCCAACCUUCUCCAGCGCGCUCGCCACCAAGCGAAGCUCGAGCGGGACCGCCACUUGGAGGCGCUGCGGGCCAAGGGCGUCCAUGUGCAGACGGCUGAGGAGCGGGAGAGGGAGAUGCAAGAUAUCGAGGACAUGGUUGCGAAGGCGCGCCGCGAGGCUGAGGAGCUCAUGGAUAAGGAGCGGGAUGAUGCUAAGGCGGAGAGGAAGAAGAAGCGGGCUGCGGGUGAGGACGACCCCUUGGGCUGGGAUGACGAGAGCGAUGAUGAUGACUAUGAGGAGGAGGAGGUGGUGGAGAAGGAGGUUGAAUUGUCUGGCUCCGAGGAGGAGGACGACGAAGAAAUGGAGGAAGAGGAAGAAGAAGAGGGCGAGGGCCCGAUUGACGAUGCUGCUGAAGUCGUGGAGGCGUCUGAGACCGAAGAGAUCGAAGAGCAGGCCGACAACCAGGACUCGGACGACGAGGAGCUGCCUAGUUCUAUGCAAGUCCGACGCAGGGGGAGAAAGCAGGUCACCAUCGUUACUGACGAUGAGGAUGAUGCUAAGCCUCUUGUUAAGGCCACGCCCCGCCCCAAGGCUCACUUCUUCAAAUCGCCCUCUGUCCGCAACGCUGAGUCGCCUAGCGUGCCGACAUCAGUCCUGCGAUCCGCUACCAAGACCUUCAUCCCGGGCCUUCCUGUUGCCGGGCCUGCCGGCCUAGGACUCACUCAGAUCUUCGCCGGCACCAUGGAUGACAGCCAAAUGGGGCCAACCCAGACAUCGCCCACUCAGCCACGGCCCACCUUUGACGUGACCGCCUUCCCCGAUUCCAACUUCUCCCAGACCGCGCAAGAGGCCACAGAGGACCUGAUCCUCGACAGCCAGCCGAACCGAGAGACGCAAGCCGAAACCCAGGGCGUGCAGAUCCGCUUCUCCCAGUCCCAGAUGCACGGCUUCGAUACCUUCUUGGAGGAGACCGCAAACCCGACGCAGAUGUCGGAGCUCCUUGAGCCAACCCAAGACUCGGGCUUCCAAGACUUCUCGCCGCUGCGCCAGCGCUUUGUUGAGCCCCCGGUUUCAACCAUGGAGACAGUUCCCGCCGGCCAGACUCAGGCGGAGGAGCAAUUUGAGUCGCCUCUGGUGCGCAGAACCGGAAAGCUCAGGCGCAAGAACGCAGUCGUGCCGGAAUCGCCCAGUCGUCGCUCUGUUGCCGGCGAGGACGAGGUCGUGGAGGGUUCCGUGGCCGACGAGUUCGGCUUCGGCACUACCUCCAACAACGCCUUCGCCGCCAUGAAGGAGGCUGCACGCAAGGAGAAGAAGCUCAAGGAGACCUUCGACAAGAAGAAGAGCAAGGCCCGCGAGAUGGUCGAGGAGCAAGCCGAAGAGUCUGAGGACGAAUACGCCGGCCUCGGUGGCGCCGAUGGUGAAGACAGUGACGAUGACGAUCAGUCAAUCAAGGAGAUGAUUGAUGACGAGACUAAGGAUAACGAGGGCGACGAGCGGAAGCUGGCGGCCUUCUAUGCUGAACGCGACCGCGCCGACGAUGAGAAGCAGGUCGAGAAGCUCUUCCACGACGUUACAACCGGCCAGCUCCGGCGCAAGCGUAACGGCAACUGGGACGACCUGUCCGACUCUGACGAUGGUGGCGAGGCCCGCCGUCGCAUGAAGCGCCGCCAGUUCGCUAAGAUGCAGCGCACCCUCUACGCCGAUGAGCGCAUUAGCAAGGUUGCCGAGAACCCGCGCAACCAGGCGUUCAUGCGGACCAUUGAGGACCGCGGCAGCGACGACGAGAUGGACUUUAUCUUUGCGCCGCCGCCGCCGCCACCGGGGGCGGAGAGCCAGGGGACGCAGGCGUCAAGUGCCGGCCCGGCCGCUGUCAUCCCCAACAGCCAGCCCCAAGCUGCCCCUCUGCCCAACCCCCGCCGCACCAAUGUCGGCAAGAAGCCCUCCAACAUUGGCGAGAUCCGCGAGUCGCUCUCCAACCUCCUCGACGAGCCCUUCAACCCCGCAUCCUCCCUCAUCCCCGCCACCGAGGCCGGCUCCUCAGACGACGAGGCCCGUCCCCAGUCCUCGCAUAGCAACUCCAGCAACAAAGAAAACCGCAACCCGCGCCGCAGCAAGCCCGCGCCCGCCAUCAUCGACCGCAUCAACCUCAAGCGCAACUCCUCCACCGCCUCCUCCGCCAACAAACUCGCCUUCGCCUCCGCCACCACCACAACCUCCACCACCGGCGCAGCAACCGGAGGCACAUUCAAGGUCCCCGCCCUCCUCCGCCGCGCAACCACCAACUCCCUCCUCUCCACCACCUCUUCCUCAUCUUCCACCACCUCUUCCAGCAUCACCGCCCACACCACAACCACCAACACCAACACCAACGCCGCGCGCUCCGCCGCCGCCGCCGCCGCCCAGAGCAUGAAGAUCAAGAAGCCCGCCGGCAAGCGGUCCGGCGUGAGCUAUCUCGCGCGGGAGACGGAGCGGCGCGCGGCGGUGGCCGAGGCCGAGCGGCGCAGGGAGGCGCGCAAGUUCCGCGGGGCGGAGGGGCGCGGGAAGGUGGUCGGGGGGUUGUUUGGUGGGGGAAGGUUUGAGUAG